AAGAACAAGAAGAGUUUCGACAAGAAGAGUUUGUUGUUGCGAAGGAGUUUAUUUCCAUCGUCAAAAUAGCCUAUAAAUAUUGUUAAAAUGUCGAACGGAGCUGCAAAUACUGCUGCUGAAACACAGGUGGCCAUGACUCAAAACACUUCGUCCGACCUCGAGAAAACCAAACCAGGAAAAGAAGCACCCGUAGGCAUAAAUAAUCUUGGGAAUCCAGUAUUUUCUUGUCCUGCGACGACUAAUGCUACUAUGAAAAUCGAAGCACCAUCAGUAGAAGAAGAUUGUUUUCAAGGGUAUGGAUCAAAACCUACUAACCCCAUGUAUUUAACAAGUUCAAUGGAUUAUGGGAAUCGCUCUCCAACAGUUCACACCAUGCCAACGAGUUUCCAUGCCAAAUGCCAAAAGUUCUCAGCACAUUUAGGACAGUGUGGAAUGUACAGGAAUUAUUCUCUCAAUACAUCACUUGACAAAAGCAUUGUAUAAUUACCAUUAGAUAAAUAUAAAAUGAUAAAUUUUGUUUUAAUGAAAAAUACUGUACAAGUAAAAUUUAAUCCUGACAAAAAAGCGGUGGUUUGCUGAUUUGCAGAAGCUACUUGUUAUCAGUUGAGUCAUUACUUCAUAGGUUCUUAUUUAUUUUCUACCCGACAUUCAGUUAUUGGUGCAGGUUGCUACGACAACUACCCUUAAUUUGGUCAUUAACUUCUCCUGCUGUAAAUAUUUUUAUGGUAAUUAUUAAAGAUGUGUUAAAUGUCUCA